UUCAUCAUUGACCAUAACCAUCUUCAUCCAUUUUUCCUUCUCUUUUUAUUUAUUUGAACUAUAAUAAUCCUCUCAAACAUGAAACCCACGGCAACAUUCCUCUGGUUCAUAACCUCAACACUCGUUUGUCUUGGUCUUGGAGCAACAUUCCAAAGCACCCUCUCUUCUUCCUUUAUCUUUCUUUCCACGUUCCUCACCCUCUUCGCUAUUUCCCUUAACUAUUGGCUUCUCCCUGGAGGCUUUGCAUGGAGAAACUAUCACAACAAUCACUCCCAGAAACUAAACAGAAAACUCACUGGGCCUAUGGGCUGGCCCGUACUUGGGACUUUGCCUCAUAUGGGCUCUCUGGCUCACGCCAAACUCGCGGCUUUAGCCACUUCGUUAAACGCAAAAAGAUUAAUGGCGCUGAGUCUUGGAGCCACCCCUGUUGUUAUAAGCAGUCACCCUGAGACUGCUAGAGAAAUUCUAUGCGGUUCAUCAUUCUCUGAUCGUCCAAUCAAACAAUCAGCACGCACGCUUAUGUUUGAGCGUGCCAUUGGUUUCGCUCCUUCUGGAACCUAUUGGCGAUAUCUUCGUAGGAUCGCGGCUUCCUACAUGUUUUCUCCGAGGAGGAUUCAGGGCUUGGAGAGUCUUCGACAACGUGUGGUUGAUGAAAUGGUGAAGAGUGUGUUGAAGGAGAUGGAAGAGAAAGGGGUGGUGGAAGUUCGGGGUAUAUUGCAAGAAGGGUCUCUUAGCAAUAUUUUGGAGAGUGUGUUUGGUAAUAAUAAUAAAAGUGUGGAGUUAGGUAAUAUGGUUAAAGAAGGGUAUGAAUUAAUUGCAAAGUUUAAUUUGGAAGAUUAUUUCCCUCUAAAGUUUUUGGACUUUCAUGGGGUGAAGAGAAGGUGCCACAAUUUGGCGGCUAGGGUGACUAGUGUGGUGGGUCAAAUUGUGGAAGAACGAAAAAGAGAUGGGAAGUUCGUUGAGCAGAAUGAUUUUCUUAGCACUUUGCUAUCUUUGCCCAAAGAAGAAAGGUUGGAAGAUUCAGAUAUGGUGGCUAUUCUGUGGGAGAUGAUAUUUAGAGGAACAGACACAGUUGCUCUACUCCUUGAAUGGAUCAUGGCGAGGAUGGUUUUACACCAAGACUUACAAAUGAAAGCACGCCAUGAAAUUGACACGUGCGUUGGCCAAAAUAGUCACGUGCGAGACUCGGAUAUUCCGAAUCUCCCUUACCUUCAAGCCAUAGUAAAAGAAGUUCUCAGGCUGCACCCGCCGGGCCCAUUACUAUCAUGGGCCCGCCUGGCAGUCCAUGACGUCCACGUAGAUAAGGUCUUUGUGCCAGCUGGCACAACAGCAAUGGUUAACAUGUGGGCCAUAUCUCAUGACUCGUCUAUUUGGGAGGACCCAUGGGCUUUCAAGCCCGAGCGGUUCCUGAAAGAAGACGUUUCCAUCAUGGGGUCAGACUUAAGGCUAGCACCAUUCGGGGCCGGACGUAGGGUAUGCCCGGGCCGGGCCUUGGGCUUGACCACGGUCCAUCUCUGGCUCGCACAACUUCUCCACCGCUUCAUAUGGUUACCGGCGCAACCUGUUGAUCUUUCAGAGUGCCUUAGGCUCUCUAUGGAAAUGAAGACCCCGUUGCAAUGUUUAGUGGUUCGUAGAUAAAAUGUCGUAAGCGCUUGAGCCCAACCAUGUUAAAUGUGCAAUUAGAAUAUUAAUGUGUAGUCAAUGAGUUUGUAUCUAAUGUUUGGUAGAGUGGCGCGUCUUCUCUCCUUCUUCAUGAAUUUGGUAUUCCCUUAAAUGUCAAGUGAAAUAUUUAGA